AUGCCGACGAACCAAAGCCUCAGCUCGAACGAUCGAACUCACACCCUCUCGGCCGAAGUGGAAAGGAAAGAUGCUACCAUUCGCACCUUACAGAAAUCUCUGUCAGAUGUGAAUGUGGAGGUCAAGAACACCAAAUCCCUCGUUUCUAGUCUCACACGAAGUUCGGACGUGCUCAAGCAGCGGUUGACUGAUGCCGAGCAUGAGCUUCAACAGGCGCGGAAUCAAAACCACAUUUUGGAUCAGCAAUUGAAAGCGCAGACGGCCGCAGCAAAACUGGCUAGAGAUGAAGUGGGGAAAGUGUCAUUGGCACACGAGCAGACGAGGGUGCUAUUGAGAACACGGACGGAAGAGUUGAGGGCAGCACAGGUGUAUCUCGACAGGGCGGACCAAUCCUCUGGAGCUGAUGUCAUCAACAUGAUCGACGCCUUGAACGUCGAGAUUUUCCAGACGGCUGCUACAGUGGCUGAAGCAUUCAAGUUUGGCGAGAAGAAAGUGGAGGAGUCGAGCGAGGCUGCGGCUGCAUACGACCAUGUCAUCGAGAUACUGGGUCCACGCAUGACAGAGCUCCUGAAGUCGACGCUGCAUCACGACGACCAGAUCCUCAUACAAACUGCAUUUCAAGCCGCAAUGUGCGCGUACGUGGAUUGGAUCGUCACGUCAUGGUACUUCGAAGGGAGGGAGGAGGAGCAAAUGCUGAGUAGUUUGUACGCGAUUAUCCAAGAAUCAGAAGAUCAAGCCGUUGCAGGACGCUGGCGCGCUCUGACGCGUAGAUACGCGCUUCAAGCCUUCAGGGAGGCCCCCGAUAGUCAACACCAACUGCUAAGUGUAGUGAUGGAGACCUUGGUCAACAUCCUUAUCACUGCUGGUUUGGAAUCCGCGACAUCCGAAGUUAGCGAGACCAUGGCCGCCCAGUUCGCAGAACAUGCAUCUACCGUGGUUGAGCAUGCGAUGCGGUUGAACCGGGUCAUCGGCCAAGGGAUCACUUCGUGUGAAAUGAUGCCGUUGUAUCUCGUGCCCGAAACGCCGUUUGAUGUGAAUGUUAUGGAAGAUACAUUCGGGAUCGCAUCGACCGAUAGCACGGAGAAUAUCCUUUGCACGACGGAUCUUGGGUUGAUGAGAAUGGAGAAGAAGGGGGAACAGUGGGAGAAAAGAGUCCUGGUGAAGCCGAAAAUCAUACUGAAGUCAGGCUUGGCUGAUACAAUCCUGGCGGAAGAGGCCCAUUGA